AUGCACUGGAAUCUAAUGUCAAAAGAGCAGACUGCCUCUUCUGUGUCAUUACCAACUGUAGACAACAGUGAACCCUGUCACAUCGAAGUUCUCCUGAGGACGGUGCCUGAAAAGGGACUACAAAACAAUGAAUCAACCUUCAAAGCUAGCUCUUCUGAUAAUACCGUGUUGUUUCGUACAAGUAACGGGCCAUUACAAAAUACAACUGGGGAUACUCACUCAACAUUUCAGUUUGACAAGGUUUUCAAUGCUAAUGCCACCCAAAAAGACGUUCAAGAUUUUCUUCUAGACCCAACAAUAAACGACGUCCUAAACGGUUACAAUAGUACGAUUUUAACAUACGGGCCGAGCUUUAGUGGGAAAUCUUAUUCUCUUAUAGGAUCACAGGAUGGCGGGGGAAUACUUCCCAACAUUUGCAAAGCCUUAUUCUCCACACUGGAAGACAGGGUAAAAACUAAGGGAAACAAUUUCAGUGUCAGCGUUUUGGCAUUCGAAAUAUACAUGGAAAAAACGUAUGAUUUAUUGGUACCACUACCAGAAAGAAAACCAUUAAAACUACAUCGCUCUUCAAGUACGAUGGACUUGGAAAUCAAAGAUAUUCGCCCGGCGCAUGUCAGCUCGUUCGAGGAUUUAAAAAGCUACAUUCAAUCAGUUCAAAAUUCUGGCAAUAGGAUGGGAUAUAGUAGUGAAGCAGAACGGUCAAGAUCGCAUGUCGUUUUUCAGCUACACAUAGAGCAGAGAAAUAGAGGGCGUGACAUACUGAAAAAUAGUUCUUUAUAUUUAAUCGAUUUACAUGGAGCAGAGAAAUUUGAUAAAAGGACUGAAAAUACGCUAUCACAAGAUGCACUAAAAAAACUAAACCAAUCCAUUGAAGCCUUAAAAAAUACUGUAGAGUGUUUGGAAAUUAAAAACCUGGAUUCAAUAUAUAGUGCGAAAGCAUCACAUAGCUCUACCUACCGCGAAUCUCAACUAACGGAAGUUUUACAAGACUCUCUUGGUGGCAACAGGAAAACGAAAGUGAUUCUGACUUGCUUUUUAAGUAAUGUACCAACUACUCUAUCAACACUUAAGUUUGGUGACAGUAUCCGCCAAAUUAAUAACAGAGUUAUGGAUAAUACCAGCGGUUUGAAUUUGAAAAAAAAAAUGGACUUAUUUGUGCAGGACAUGAAAAUUAAAGAUGAUAAUUACAUCUCCCAAAUUAACAUUUUAAAGGCCGAAAUUGACACCUUGAAAGGUCACAGCAGCCAAUCUGUCUCCAAGGAGGACUUAGCAACGAAAUACGAUGAUAGCAAAAAGGAAAACACAAAACUAAAGCUACAGUUGGACAGUAUUGCACAGUUAUUGAACAGAUUGACCACUGAAAAUCCCAAUAAUAGCAUCAAUGACGAAGUUUCUGAAAUAUUAAUGAAGAGGUGUGAGCAAAUCGCUCAGUUAGAAUUAUCUUUCGACCGACAGGUAAAUGCUAAUUCAAAAUUGGAAAAAGAGCUAGAAUACAAAAAAUCCAAAGAGGAAGCAUUAGAGUCCAUGAACGUUAAACUACUAGAACAAAUUCAACUUCAAGAAAAGGAGAUUCAAGAACUGCUAACCACUAAUGCUAUUUUAAAGGGUGAAUUAGAGACUCAUACUAAACUAAAUGAGACACGAAAUGAAAGAAUAAAAUACUUGGAAGGCUCUGUCAAAGAGCUCGGCAUUAAUAAAUCAGCAACCCCAUCGCCCAGAAAAGGAUCCGUAAGCUCAUCAUCGGGAAAUACCAUGUCGCAUAUUGAAGAAGGUUCUGAAUUAUCUAAUAGUCCUUGGUCACUUAAUGCUCCCUCAAAACCCGUUGGAUGGGGUGUAAGGAAAGUGUCGUCUAGUAGUAUAGCAACAAUGGGAUCUCAGGAGUCGUUUACGCCAAGGCCGUUUAAGAAAGGAUUAAAUCUUCAUUCUAUUAAAGUCACUCCAAAUACUCCUAAAAGCCCUGAUUCGGGCAACUGA